AUGAAAGCCUACCACAUCUUCGGCCAGAACAUCUCCCUCAGCCUCUCCCCAACCCUCCACAACGCCGCCUUCGCCCACCACGGCCUCCCACACCACUACGACAUCCAAGAAUGUGCUUCUAUUGACGAUGUGAAAUACCUCAUUGACAAUCCAUCAUUUGGCGGUGCGAGCGUUACUAUGCCGCAUAAAUUAAGCGUGGAUAAGUUCUGCUCAACCGUGUCUGACUCUGCGGUGCGCAUUGGGGCGAUUAAUACCCUUAUCGUCGAGGAGAGAGGUAAUGGACGGGUCAUCACCGGCGACAACACGGACUGGUCUGGUCUGUAUUCUAUUGUCGAUGAAAUGGCCCCUGAAAAUGCACAAGUGGGCCUCGUCAUCGGUGCUGGCGGCGCUGGCCGAGCAGCUGUCUAUGCGAUGGUUAAAGCUGGCCUGAAGAAGAUCUAUAUCUGCAACCGCACCGUCUCCAAGGCUGAGCAGAUCAUCGCCGACUUUGCUGAUAAUGCGUCUACAUCUACCGUUGUUGCGCUUACCCAUCCAUCGGAUGUUCCUGAGCCGGUGGAUGUUAUCAUCGGGACGAUCCCGGGCGAUGUCACCACCAAGGCUAUGUUUGCGGAUUUGUUCAAGGGGAAGAAGGGAUUGUGUAUUGAGAUGUCGUAUAAGCCGAGAGUGACGCCUUUGUUGGCUGUUGCGAGACAGGCGGAGUGGACUACGGCGGAUGGAUUGGAGGUGUUGUUGAGACAGGCAUUUGAGCAGAGCAGGUUGUGGACGGGAUUGGAGGUGCCCGAAAAGGUAAUGCGCGAGGCUAUUCAGGUGAAUUCUAGGAUUUAG